GUUUAUUUUAUUUUGUAAUUUUGGUGAAUGAGAAUAUAUGAAUACUAUUAUGUUUAUGAAGAAUACUAUUUUAUUUUGCUAUUUCAUUCAACUGAUUGUCGCUAAUAAUGCUCAUGAUAAAAAGUCAUUUGACAGAAAUAUGAUACCAUAUAAAACAGUAUAUGGUGUACCAAGCAAAUGUAAAGGAACGUCCAAUCAUCAAACGACUAAAGAAAAUUAUCGAAUUUGUCAAAUAAAUGCGAUUGAAAAAUGGCAAAUAACAUUUAAACAUUAUUACACUGAAAGUUGGAAUUUUUGUUGCUUUGUAUAUGAUGUCCUAAAAUGCGAAACCAAAGUGUUGUAUGAAUGUGAUCCAGACUAUUCCGACCGCAAUGACAAAGAAACAAGACGAUUGUUUGAUAAAUCAUGUCAACCAAUCGUGGCGAAAAAACCUUGUGGCAAGAGUGAGGAUGGAGGUGAUGAUUGGAUAUGGAAAGGAUUAGCAAUUGGUGCAGGAGUCGGAGCAUUCUUUACACUGAAAGUUGGAAUUUUUGUUGCUUUGUAUAUGAUGUCCUAA